GAGAGCCUCUGGACCAGCAGAGGCAGCAGACGGUGGCGGUGGACGACGGCACGGAGCUCUUCACCUACAAGGGGAACGACGUGGAGGCGUACGCGGCCUCCAGCUCGCCCUCCGGCCUCUACCAGCUGGAGCUGCUGAGCACCGAGAAGGACAGCCACUUCAAGGUGUACGCCACCACCACGCCCGAGUCCGACCAGCCCUACCCGCAGCUGCCCUACGACCCGCGGGUCGACGUGACGGCGCUGGGCAGAACCACGGUGACGCUGGCCUGGAAACCCACGCCCACCGGCUUCCUGAUGGGCCAGCCGGUGCAAUACUGCCUGGUGAUCAACAAGGAGCACAACUUCAAGAGCAUGUGCGCGGCCGAGGCUAAGAUGACGCUGGACGACGGGUUCAUGUUGGCGCCCAAACCGGGCCGGGACUUCAGCCCCUUCGACUUCGCCCACUUCGGGUUUGUUCCGUCUGAUAAUCUGCUGGGAAAGGACCGCGGACUGGUGAGCAACAAAAUCUCCUCCAGGAGCUACACGGCCAAGCCCAGAGCCUCCGACAUCCAGAAGCUGUGCAUCGGCAACAAGAACAUCUUCACGGUGUCGCAGCUGAAGCCGGACACGCAGUACUACUUCGACGUGUUCGCCGUGAACUCGGCCACCAACACCAGCACGGCGUACGUCGGCACGUUCGCCCGCACUAAAGAGGAGGCGAAGCAGAAAACCGUGGAGCUGAAGGACGGCAAAGUGACCGACGUCUUCAUCAAGAGGAAGGGCAGCAAGUUCCUGCGCUUCGCCCCGGUGUCGUCCCACCAGAGGGUCACCCUGUUCCUGCAUGCCUGCCUGGACAGCGUGCAGCUGCAGGUGAGGCGCGACGGCAAGCUGCUGCUGAGCCAGAACGUGGAGGGCGUGCGGCAGUUCCAGCUGCGCGGGAAGCCCAAAGCCAAGUACCUGAUCCGCCUGCGGGGCAGCAGGAGGGGCGCCUCCACCCUGAAGCUGCUGGCCUCCACGCGGCCCAGCAGCAAGCAGCCCUUCCCCUCGCUGCCCGAGGACACGCGCAUCAAGGCCUUCGACAAGCUGCGCACCUGCUCCUCCGCCACCGUGGCCUGGCUGGGAACGCAAGACCGCAACAAAUACUGCAUCUACCGCAAGGAGGUGGCCGACAACUACGGAGAGGAGCAGCGGCGCCGCGAGCAGAACCAGUGCGCCGGGCCGGAGAGCCGCAGGAAGGCUGAGAAGGUUCUGUGCAAAUACUUCCACAGCCCCAACCUGCAGAAGGCCGUGACCACGGAGACGGUGACGGGGCUGCAGCCGGGGAAGAGCUACCUGCUGGACGUUUACGUGGUGGGACACGGAGGACACUCGGUCCGGUACCAGAGCAAGCUGGUGAAGACAAGGAAGUACUGCUAAAAGACUGCACAGAAUAAAUCUAUUAUAAAUAUAUAUAUGAAAUAAGUUUAUUUAACUCUAAGUGAUAUUCUACUAAGGAGUGUAUACGGACUACUCGCGGCGCAGCGACUGUAUAUUUAUGUUCCCGGCUGCUCGGAGAUCUUCAUCCGGUCCGUGACGCUCGCUUUCAUAUCAAGACUCAGCAGCGCCUUGUAUAGAUCUCUCAUAUCCACUAUGUGUUAGGAGGAGUUUAAAUUAUUUUAUACUUUUGGUCUCUUUUUGUCUUUAUUUUGUAUUGAUAAUAACUGUUCUGAGGAUUUCCAGUGGUAGUUCAGACAUUCCCCUGUUGCUCAUCCUGUAAAUGUGUUCUGUGCUGGAGAUGUGUGUGUUAUUAUCACUGUAUCGCUGUGUGUGUGUACAGAGUUGUCCUGCCAAUAUUCAUGUACAUAAACACUAAAUAUAGACCCAGUGAUCCCUCUGUCCCUCGCGGUGUCA